AUGGAUCUAGAUUCCAAUGAGCGCAUGCAGAAAAUCUAUGCCCACUUUGAAGGGGUCACAUCGGAGCAGAACCUUGGCAGCUACAUCUACAACAAGUACAGUCAGGUCAUUCAACAUUUGGUGAUUGACCGCUACCGGGGAGAACCAAAACCAGAUCUCAAUUUAGUCCCAAGGGAGUCCAGAGAUGAGAUGUGGUUGCCGCUCUACUGCUUUGAUAUCAGUCCUGAUGGGAAGAACGUCUACCCGCAGAAUGCGCAGUUCUCCGCGCACAUCAAGGAGUUCAUGACGGGCUAUCGCAUUAGAUUGGGGCAUGUGACCAGCGACAAACAAACACCUUCAGCAGUGGACUACCUGGGUCACUUCUUACAAGCCAUUGAACUCGAGAAGAGAAUGCAGAAGCAGGGGCAGUCAAAACCCUUGAAAGACAUGCUGAACGGACUUUGUGCCACUUACAACAAAAUGGCGGUGUCCAAGAAACACAAGAUCGAUUCCCACAAACGUGGUUUGAUCUACAACUUGCUGAGGGCUCCUGCAAACUUCCACAAGUUGCUUCACUCUCACUAUGACCUUUUCCGACACGAAACCUCAGGCCUCCCACUCGACAUCCUUCAGAACGACUGGUGGGUUCCUGGUUCCACGGCCCGGGCUGACAGUGCGAAAUAUGCUGGCAAAAGCCAAUGGCAAGAGAUCUUGAAUGUGACAGAAAGGAUUACUGUGAUGUGGGGAGUACGUGCAACCCAGGACUUCUGCCGCAAAGUGGGCAAGGACAGCAGCAACAAGAUGAAGAAACAAGCGCAACUGGACGAAGAAAGGCAUCAGCUUCUGUUUGAUGUUUGCUGUCUUUGGGAAUAUCUUUUGCCGAAGCUGGAGUCAACAUUUCCAAAGCCCACGGUGGAGAAGUGCGCUGCCCUCUUCUCCAAGGGGAGCCUCGAUGCGGAUCUUGGAGCUUUGGCAAAGGCUGCAGAACCUUUCGAGUGGGAAAGGAUUAGCUUCAUCUUGGAGCUCCGCGGAGAGUGCUUGGAAGACUACAUCUCACAGUGUCAGGAUGUGAGCAAGAAUGCCCAGACAAAGAGCUUGCAGGCAGCUUACAAUUGUUGGGCGGAGCAACUGAACGCUGAUGGAGUUAUCUUUGAGUCCGAGCAGAUCUUGAGUGAGAAGGAAAGCGCCAAACGGCGAGCCAAAUUGGUUGGCCAGCUGGAGGCUUGUCACCAGAAGGCGUGGAAGGUGGUUUCUGAAUAUCUUGGGACGAGCCUACGGCUCUUUGCUGGCCGAAGUGCAGAUGCUGAAAGUACGGUCUUGCCGUCCCUUGCAGCAUGGCUGCAGGAAAGCAUCUCAGAGGUGCCGGAGGCUCGAAGCAGCGAUGACCAUGGGCUGGUGAUCUGGCUGAACUUGCCCACGGCCGGCAUCAUCGGAGCAAGCAAGUACGACUUCUUGCUGACGUCGGUGACGACCUUGCUCACGAUGAUGAAAAAAAACUCCAUCGCCCUGCUGGUCCACCCCAACCGAGCCGCCCAGAUGCAGCCAAACAGGAACACCAAGAAGGAGGAGGACGGCGACAUGAAGGACGAGGACUGCCUUGACGAGGGCUCCGUAAAGAACGACCCAGGUUCGGACUCAGACAGCAACGACAGGGAUGGGGCCAAAGAUGAGGCCGAUGUGCGGGACGUCCGCUACAAUCUGGAGAAAGACUUGAGUGCAAAAGAACGGAAUCUUGUUGUGAGGAACGUGACAUGGGUCUUCUCAAAGGUGCGCCGGCCCAAUCCACCCCUGCCUGAGGAGAGCAUCUACGGCAAGAGAGACGGUGCCAUUACAGGGAUCGCAGUGAUGCAUAUGGACAAGGCAAACAGCUUCCGGCGAUGUAGCCUUUGGAACCGGGGGGUGGUGGACAACGUGGAGAUGCUGAGUAGAUCCAACAUGUUCAAGCCACAAGCUUUGAUCGCUGGAAAGGCAAAUCUUCCUCACCUUGGAAGAGCUCUGACAGACGUCCAGGAGCUCAAGCAGGUCAGUGGAGGGACUCAUUUUGUUGAGCAAACCCUUUCCCUGUGCAAGCCCGCGACUAUGGCGACGACCUUUGUCAUCGAUCUGCACUGCUAUGAUGGGUGGCCAGCUCUUGCUGUCCUGCAGGAAGCUGCCCGUGACCAGCGAAUCUUUUGUGCCAGCGUGGUCCUUGACACCAAGCCAGAUGGGAUCCAACAGUACCUGGCCAAUGCGGUGUAUGAGGCAUGUCGGACUCAAAGCCUGAAGUUGGCUGGGUUUCCGGAUUUCUCCCAGUACAUCCAAGGGCUGAAGGAUGCAAAACCCGAGGUUCAGAUCAAUGAGUACAAGGUUUGUGUGAAGCGAGGUCCUCGCUUGGUGGUGCUGGGAGCGCUUGCCCAACAGUGGCUCCAGUCAGAGCAGUUCAAACUUGAAGCAACAAACCUCGUAGAGGCCCACAACAAAAAAUUCAACCCAGAUGGGGACUUUGUGGAGGAACCUGAAGUCAGGACCAUAUGUACCAAAAAAUCAGCUAGGGCCCAAAAAAACAGCUGUGGUUACCAAAAAAUCAGCUAA